CUGGUCAGUCGGUGUUCAGUCGGGUAUUAGACCAUUCAGUAGUGGUUUGUCUUUGCACAGAUACAGAUCGGUUUCGAUAGCUAACGUUGUGGAAUUUGUCGUAUCUAUUAGUAACUUGUCACUGAAGUUGCAGGUUUGCACUGUGGACGGAAAUCGAACUAGAAGUUGGGGAAAACCCCGAAGGUUGCAGACUCUAAAAAAACAGACGGGUUAAAUGAUACGUGCAAUAUUGGAUUUUUAAUAUUAUGUACUAGCGGAAGAGAUUAAAACAACGGUUAUCAUAAUGUAUAAGUGUUCAGUUCUAAUAGCAGCCAUCUUAGCGGCAUCGGUGGUAACCGCACAAACUCCAGCACAGGUACAGAAUCGACACAUAUGGAACAACUAUUGCUCCAAACCAUACAAGGGAAAUGUUGGCGCAAUAAAAUACGCUUUCGGUGCUAUAUGUACGAACACUGAGCCGAAUGCGUGUUGUGACUACGUGAUGCAAAUCAUUCGAAACCGCCCGGAUACGCAUCUGUGUCCAACUGAUGCGCGAUAUUACCCAAGUCCGGUGGGAUGUGAUACCGAUCCACCGAGUGAAACACCGAGGCCGAGUAAUUUUCACUUUCCAGAGCAAUCAUGGCCGGAAGCCCCAACACGCAGAACUGAUGAAACUAAGGCCUCAUCAAACGCACCUAAUCGGCAGGAAGAAGUAGUGGAGAUAGUGUUCAACUAUAAUCCUCACGAUAACGUUCGUGUAUCCAUACCGGUACCAAUAAGUAGUACAAUUCCUGCGAACGGUCAACCGCAGCAAUCUGCUCCAGUGAGAAAAAGUCAGAACACGCGACCUGCACAACCUCAACAACCUAUCCCAGCCCAACAUUUAUCUCCUCCUGCACCGGUUCCACAUACCGAAUUAGUUGAGGAGUAUGAAGAAAAGCCUGUAGUGCUGCUAAAUACCCCAGGGCAUCAAGCCACGGAAUUCGCGUUGAAUCUAUUUAGGACAAUAGACCGUCCGCCCAAUGGGAAUUCAGUAAUAAGUCCCCUACUGCCACAGCUUCUACUAGCCAAUCUGGUCGACUUCACCGAUCCCGAAACGAACCGCCAGCUGCUGCAGGCCAUCCGAUUGUACCCGGAUCAGUUGGACAAGUUAACGAAAACACUCCAGGAUGUUUCGCGAAAUACGGUCAACACGGUGGAAUUCGCCUCCGUGAAUUUCGUGGCCAAUAAUCUCAAGCUAAACAAUUCCUACACCGAAAACGCCCGGCUACGUAACAUCGAUGUCCUACCAGUCAACUUUAAUCAGCCGAAUCAAGUAGCUCGAACGGCCAAUAAAUGGGUUUCUGAUAAAACUCACCGUCUCAUCAAUGAAAUCGUCAGCCCUGGAUCGUUGAGCCCCGAAACGCGUUUACUGCUUGCUAACUCUAUAUUUUUCAAGGGAAAAUGGAAGUACACAUUCGUUCAAACAGAACCGGGUCAGUUCGAGUCUUCGCCGGGACGCGUUCACAAGGUCAACAAUAUGUUCCAGUUGAAUAAACUACGGUACGGUGAAUUAAAGCUUGCAGAUGGUGAUGGUUUCCGUUGGUUGGAGUUACCCUACGAAGGUAACACGCUGGCAAUGUUAAUAUUCCUACCACUCAGACGCCAUCAGCUUGAACCGUCGCUUCAAAAAUUACACGCGAAAAAUCUGGCGCUAAUAAUGGCCCAGCUUCAAGAUGACUACAUCGAUACUAAGGUUAAUGUCCGUCUGCCGAAAUUCACACUGACUGAUUCUGUCUCCCUGAAUGGGCCCCUACAGCGGCUCGGUUUGAAUUCAAUUUUCCACGACAGAAAUGCACUCAAGUAUUUGAGCAACGAACCGACAAUAGUGUCGGACGUAACCCAGCGGACGUAUCUAAGUGUGGACGAGCAGGGCACUAAAGCCACCUCGGUGGCAUCGCUAUCGAUUGUACCACUCAGCAUCACGCCGCAGUUCCGCCAGAUUCAGUUCGACGUGGAUCAGCCCUUCCUAGCGAUGAUUGUCGACAAGAACGAACGAUAUCCGGUUUUCAUUGGGCAGAUCUACGAGCCGUACGAGUGAAGGCGAAGCUUCGAAAUGUCUCUCAGUUUUUAGCUUUGCUGAAAAUCAAUUGAUGCUCGUCGAUAUUUUUGUUCGAAAUUGAUAAUGCCUAUCAUUUUGCCAGUGAAAUUGGUAAGUUUCAAAACACGUGGUUUCCAUUUUCGCUGCUGAUCAACCCCAUAAAAAAAUGUUCCAAUUUUAUUAUUUUCUUCAAAAGUCAUUUUUGAUUUGGUUGAAACUUUGCACAGAUGUUCCUGGACUAGAAGUGUCAUUUUGUGAUAUUACCAUUUUUUUUUUGUAUCACGACUAAUUUUUGAAAAACGUUUAUAAUAAAAUGGUGUUAAAAAAUUACAAAUGUUUUUCAAACCAGAACGAUCUGUGCAACGUCUUUGGCAGAGUUGUAGAUAAUUAUAAUUUUGUGUUUCCAAAAAAAAAAAAAAAACACAAAGUUUCAGUUUUUUUUUCGUUUCGACUUUCACAGAUUUGAUACACUCUAAAAAAUGCACGUAAAAUUUACCGGGAAAAGUGGCUGAUUCUCAUCCACCUUCUUUUCACGUAACUUUUGCCGAUUUCUCGAAAGCCGUUCAUGUGUUAGUGUGUUAGUGUCAACUUCAGUGUCAAUCGUCUACGUGUUGGUCGGGUGAUUAUAACCUGAUUUUCACGUACCUUUUUACAUAAUAUUUAGGUGAAACCAUAAACAAAACGCAUAAACCCCACAUGAUUUUCACGUACUUUUUACGUGUUGUUCAGUUGGAAUCUACGUGAAUUUUAAGUAAAUAGACUAGACAGCGCAUUUAAACAAUAUAAUUUAUUUUUAAAUACUAAAAUAUAAUUACUUGUUUAAAAUCAUCAAAUUUCCGACAGGAAAAAACAGGAAUGGCCGGAAAGAUGUCGACCUUUCAACCGGCAGGAGGUGUUCCGCUCGAAAAUGACCGUUGACGAUUCCAAUCGUCCGGAAAGAAUUCACCAACUGAAAAUUUGGAGAAUGUAUAUGUUUUUUCUGUUAAUCUAAAUAUUAUUCUGGCUACUUACAUUGCGUGUUUUCCAAUAUAGAAUUAGCUGAAGCAGCUUACGAGCAACGAUAAUAAAUUGACAGGUUAGGAGAAAGAAGCAGUUUGAUUGUCUUGGCAACGAAAACAUAGUAAACAAACCUGAUGCUGAAAGCUUCUACGUCACAACGUCAAAGGUUUCAUCACAACACACUGGUAGAUAUUGAUAAAAUAGAAUUGUAAGCAAUAAAUGCAACUUCUGAAGAGAGA